CACUGUUGUAGGACGAAUAGACAAGAUUAAUAUACCCCAACGUAUAAACGAAAAAUGACUGCAAAAGUAGACAAGCCAGAUGUGAAGUACACCCAGAUUUUCAUAAAUAAUGAAUUUGUGAAUUCUGUUAGUGGCAAGACAUUUGCAGUUUUAAAUCCAACCAAUGAAGAAAAGAUAUGUGAUGUACAGGAAGGCGAUAAAGCUGAUAUAGACCUUGCAGUGAACGCGGCAAAAGAAGCAUUUAAACUUGGUUCACCGUGGCGUACAAUGGAUGCAUCAGCAAGAGGAAGGCUACUGUACAAAUUAUCUGAUCUGGUUGAAAGGGACGCUGAGUAUUUGGGAAAAAUGGUCACUCUGGAAAACGGUAAGCAAUACAUGGCAGCAUUAGGAGAAGUUAUUGGAUCAUCGAAGGUAUGCCGUUACUUCGCAGGAUAUGCUGAUAAAAUUCAUGGAAAGACAAUUCCAAUAGAUGGGCCUUUCUUCUGCUAUACCCGACAUGAGCCAGUUGGUGUGUGUGGUCAGAUCAUUCCUUGGAACUCACCCGUUUAUUUACUCUUCAUGAAGAUUGGCGCAGCACUGUGCUGUGGGUGCACGUGUGUUGUGAAAACAGCUGAACAGACUCCGUUGAGUGCAAUCUACUGUGCAUCGUUGAUCAAGGAGGCCGGAUUCCCUGCAGGAGUUGUCAACAUUGUAUCUGGGUAUGGUCCCACUGCAGGGCGUGCUCUUGCCGAACAUAUGGAUGUUGAUAAAAUUGCAUUCACUGGAUCUACUGAGGUAGGAAAAAUUAUCCAAGCAGCGUCUGCAAGAUCUAAUCUGAAAAGAGUUACAUUGGAACUUGGAGGCAAAAGUCCAAACAUCGUAUUCUCCGACGCUGAUGUGGAAGUUUCUGUAGAGGCUUCGCAUCAGUCUCUAUUCAGAAACGUUGGACAGGUGUGCUGUGCUGCCACGCGUACUUUUGUACAUGAAGACAUCUAUGAUGAGUUCGUAAGGAAAAGUGUAGCUCGGGCAAAAAAACGUGUAAUUGGGGAUCCUUACGAUGAAAAGACUGAGUCUGGUCCACAGGUUAGCAAAGUUCAACUUGAAAGAGUUCUUGAGCUAAUAGAAAGUGGGAAGAAAGAAGGUGCUGUAUUACAAUGCGGAGGUGGUCGUCAUGGUGACAAAGGCUAUUUUGUUGAGAGCACAGUGUUUUCAAAUGUUGAAGAUAACAUGCGUAUUGCUAAAGAAGAGAUAUUUGGACCAGUCAUGCAGUUGAUGAAGUUUAAGACGAUCGAUGAAGUAAUUGAAAGAGCCAAUGCAACAACAUAUGGACUAGGAGCAUAUGUGUUCACCAAGGAUAUCGAUAAAGCACUGACAAUUGCCAAUUCCAUUCAAGCAGGAACCGUAUGGGUUAACUCGGGAACGGUUCUCCAACCUCAGAGUCCAUUUGGUGGUUUCAAGAUGUCAGGAAUAGGAAGAGAAUUGGGAGAGAGUGCCCUGGAUGAGUAUACUGAGAUUAAAACUGUGAGUCUGAAGUUGACGACCAAGAACCGAGCUGUAAUCAGGGUCUAA